ACAUAAUGCAAAUAAAUACAGUAUAACAACUAGUUCCAUAGCACUUGCAUUGUAUUAGGUAAUUUACUUAAUCUAGGGGAUGAUUUAAAGUAUCUGGGAAGGUGUAUGUAGGUUAUAUGCAAACACUACAACAUUUUACCUAAGGGACUUGACCAGAAUCUGCGGAUUCUGGUGUCUACGGCGUCCUGGAACUAAUCCCCAUUUCAUACGAGGCGAUGACUGUACACACGUCACUGUGUAUUAGGCCAUCAAAACGCCUCCGGGAAAUUCUCGGGUUAUCUUGAAAACCCCUUUCCUACCCAAGCCCCUUAGCCUAAAGGGCUGUUGGGGCGGUCGCCUAAGAGACCACACAGAAACAACUGCGCAUGCGUGCAUCCCGCCAGCUGAUGCAACCUCGCGCUACCGUGCGGCUCUACCUCCAGUAAGGAAGCCGACAGGGAAAUCCGGCGCGACCAAUCGGCGGCCACACGGAAGUGGGCGGAAAGCCCCGCCCCCCGGGGCCUUGCGAGAGACUUUGGGCGGCGCGGCGCUAGUGGCGUAGACGCCCAGCAGUCCUGCGUCUCUUCCGGCGGUUGGGGGGUGUCCUGCCGGCGCGCGGGCCCUCGGCCAUUUUGGGCUUCGCUUCCACCGCACCAGCUAACCUACCUAGCCCUUCCGGUGUCGCGUUGCUCAGGGGUUCUUCGACCCUCUGUCACUCAGAAAACCACCGCCGAGGCCGUGGGCAGGCUCUUACCGAUGGUGUUGAAGCGUCGAGCCGACUAGGGAACGUCCUUUCCCGCCAGGAUGGAAGUCGCAUCAGCCGCCGCGUACUGCGCGGGGUGUUUCUCCCUGUGUUCUGCCGCCCGCUGCCGCAUCCGCUGCCCUCUGUGGCUUUUCUGCUGGCUCGGAGAUCGGCUUGGAGCACCGACGCCACCGCUGGGCAAGGCCGAGACUCUGUAGGUUUCCUCCGAAUCCCGUCCGACCUCCAGCCGCUGAGCGCCGCGGCCCUACCCGAGAAACUGCCAAGGAAAAGGAGAUGGAGCCUGAGACAGGCGGAUCGCGGAAACGGCCUGGCCCUCGGGCGGGCUUCCGGUUCUGGCCACCCUUUUUCCUUCGGCGAUCGCAAGCAGGCUCUUCUAAGUUCCCGACGCCUCUUGCCCCGGAAAACUUCGGGGACCCCACACUGCUUUCCUCUGCCCAGCCCGAGACUCGGGUCAGCUACUGGACGAAGCUGCUCUCCCAGCUCCUUGGGCCGCUCCCCGGAUUGCUUCAGAAGGUGCUAAUUUGGAGCCAAUUUUUCGGUGGAAUGUUUCCGACCAGAUGGCUAGAUUUUGCUGGAGUCUACAGAUCCCUGAAGGGACGGGAGAAACCAGCCGCCUCCACAGCGCAGCAAUCUUUGAGUUCGCUGAAGCUCGACUCCUCAGACUCCUCUGCCACCAGUCCCCUUGAUUGGCUAGAGGAGGGGAUCCACUGGCAAUGUUCGCCCCCAGACUUAGAAUUGGAGCUUAAGGCCAAGGGAAGUGCUUUGGACCCUGCAGCACACGCUUUUCUCUUAGAGCAGCAGCUAGGGGGAGUGGAGCUGUUGCCCAGUAGCCUUCAAUCCCGUCUGUACUCUGACCGGGAACUUGGCUCUUCGCUCUCUGGGCCUCUAAACAUUCAACGCAUAGACACUUUUAAUGUGGUAUCCUAUUUGCUGAGUCCCUCCUACCUGGACUGCUUUCCUAGGCUAGAAGUCAGCUAUCAGAACAGUGAUGGAAAUGGCGAGCUAGUCGGCUUCCAGACACUAACCCCAGAGAGCAGCUGCCUGAGAGAGGACCAUUGUCAUCCCCAGCCGCUGAGUGCAGAGCUCACUCCGGCCUCGUGGCAGGGAUGUCCACCUCUUUCUACGGAAGGCCUACCAGAAAUUCACCAUCUUCGCAUGAAACGACUGGAAUUCCUUCAGCAGGCUAGCAAGGGGCAAGAGUUACCCACCCCUGACCAGGAUAAUGGCUACCACAGCCUGGAGGAGGAACACAACCUUCUCCGGAUGGAUUCGAAACACUGCAGAGAUAACGCAACACAGUUUGUUCCUGCUGCUGAAGACAUUCCUGGAACCACCCAGGAAUCCACUGAAGAAAAAAUAGAAUUAUUAACUAUAGAGGUUCCACUUGCUUUGGAAGAACAGAGCCCUUCUGAGAGCUGUCCAUCUUGUGAGAUACCUAUGGAAAAGGAGCCUGGAGAGGGCCGAAUAAGUGUAGUUGAUUACUCAUACCUAAAAGAUGACCUUCCCAUUUCUGCCAGACCAGCUUGUAGUAACAAACUGAUAGAUUAUAUUUUGGGAGGUGCAUCGAGUGACCUGGAAACAAGUUCUGAUCCAGAAGGUGAGGAUUGGGAUGAGGAAGCUGAGGAUGAUGGUUUUGAUAGUGAUAGCUCACUGUCAGACUCAGACCUUGAGCAAGACCCUGAAGGGCUUCACCUUUGGAACUCUUUCUACAGUGUAGAUCCUUAUAAUCCCCAGAACUUUACAGCAACAAUUCAGACUGCUGCCAGAAUUGUUCCUGAAGAGCCUUCUGAUUCAGAGAAGGAUUUGUCUGGCAAGUCUGAUCUAGAGAAUUCCUCCCAGUCUGGAAGCCUUCCUGAGACCCCCGAGCAUAGUUCUGGGGAGGAAGAUGACUGGGAAUCUAGUGCAGAUGAAGCAGAGAGUCUCAAACUGUGGAACUCUUUCUGUAAUUCUGAUGACCCUUACAACCCUUUAAAUUUUAAGGCUCCUUUUCAAACAUCAGGGGAAAAUGGGAAAGGCUGUCGUGACUCAAAGACCCCAUCUGAGUCCAUUGUGGCCAUUUCUGAGUGUCACACCUUACUUUCUUGUAAGGUGCAGCUGUUGGGGAGCCAAGAAAGUGAAUGUCCAGACUCGGUACAGCGUGACGUUCUUUCUGGAGGAAGACACACACAUGUCAAAAGAAAAAAGGUAACCUUCCUUGAAGAAGUUACUGAGUAUUAUAUAAGUGAUGAUGAGGAUCGCAAAGGACCAUGGGAAGAAUUUGCAAGGGAUGGAUGCAGGUUCCAGAAACGAAUUCAAGAAACAGAAGAUGCUAUUGGAUAUUGCUUGACAUUUGAGCACAGAGAAAGAAUGUUUAAUAGACUCCAGGGAACAUGCUUCAAAGGACUUAAUGUUUUCAAGCAAUGUUAAGAUGAGUUGGCAGCCUGUAGUCCUAGCAUACACUACCUCUUACCUGAGAGGUGUCUUUUAAAAACAAAUCUUGGCAGCUGUCCUUUGACUUUUUUUUUUUUUUUUUAGAGGAAAUGUAACUUGGAUCUAGUUUUUUUUUUUUUUUUUUUUUUUUUCCCAACGUAUCCCACUCAGAAACAUUCAGGUUUGAAGCCAGCCCUGAUAAUGAAGGAUGAACUAGUGUAAUUUCGAAUCCUCCCUUUUUUGAUUUAGUUGGAUGUGCUUUUAAAUGUCCUUUGCAUGCAUGAGGUAAAAAGGGGACCUUUUUGAGUUGUCAUUUUGCACUUUCAAAACUUAUUUUCUUGGAAAACAAUAUUUAUAGGGCUUAAAGCCCAUUUUCAUUUCAAUCUAAAUUAUGUGUGCCUAUCUGAAAACUUUGGGCUCUUGUUUCUUUCCCAAAAUUCAGAAGUUAAUGGGCUUUUAUGUUUUUCUAUAUUUUUUUAUUUCAAUGAUUUGGCCUAUCUACCUUAGGCUGAAAAAUAACCUUGUGUAUGCUACCAACUUAAAGUACAGUAUUUUGUGUCACUUUUUUUCUUGUAAAAAUGACUUGGGUUGAAAAUGUGUGUUAACCUUUUGUUUCUACAUUAAGUUAUACCUAGGAUAUUUCCAAGGAUUGCCACAAAACCCGUAUGUGCAGUACUUUACUACUUUGGGAAAGCUGCAUCUUUCUACCAAAUUUUAACAUCUAAUGUAUUUAAUUUCUUUGGAAACUGUUCCUUGGAGAGGGUUCUGUACAUGUUAUUGUAGUUCCCAGUUUAAUAUAGUUCUUUGUAUCUCUUAACAGGUUGAAGUUGUUGCAGAACACUCUGGAAAGUAAUAAUUACAUCAUAAUCAUUUAUUUUUUAAACUUAAAAGCCUAACAAUUUCCUAGAAAGAAAAUAGGAGACAUCUCAGAGCAAUUUGGUUUUGGUGUAUAUGUUCUCAAUAGAAAACCAGUGUUAACGAAUAUCAUGCCUCAGCACUGUCACUUUUAAAACCUGUCAGGAUCCCACUGUAAAAUUGGAAAUGGGCAGUUCUGAAUUUUCACAUUUGAAAUGUAAAAUAUAAACUUCAGUCAGUAUCCAGGUUUAUUGUGUCCUACUGUUUAAUAAGGAGAGAAGUAAUGGCAAGGCCUUUACUUUCAGGAAAGGAUAGAGGUAUAGAUUAAUGACUACAAAGUCUUAAGCCCAAAGCUUACUUUGAAUUGAAGUCUUCGCAUUGACUGCUUGUGUUUGGUUUAUUUGUGUUUAGCUUUACAAGGUACACAUAAGUUAGGCUGAGGGGUUGUUAACUCUUCAGUGGUCUACUUUCAUUCUGUGUGCUUCCUGUCACAGGUAAUGGAAGACAUAAGUAGAAUAGGUGACCUCUUAGUUUUGAACUUAUUUAAGUGUGGGAAUGAAUUUUUCAUCAGAAGUGCUUACAGGGUUACUACCUCAGUUUACAAUCUACCUGGUCAUUAUUUUAUUUCUAUCUGGUUCUACGAACUGCCUCCACUGUUUAUAUAUUCAUAAUUAAACACAUUGAGAAUGCAACACUAUAAAAGCUGGUCAAGUUUUUGCAGAGCCCUUAUUCUGUGUGUUUUGUGCACCUCCACUUCAGGUAAUCAUAGGGAGCGCAUUUACAGGAUGGUCUAACAACAUGAAAACAGGCUAGUUUCAAGCAACAGUGAUGUCGAUUGGCAAGCAGGCAUCAUUUGCCUUGAAAAAAGCCUUUUGACAACAUAAUAGGCAUUCUUUUAAAACCAAGCUAAAACAUUUUAUUUCCGAGACUUACGGUGUGUUUUCUGUUUCUGAAACCUAGCACCUCUGUGUAUUUGAAAAUAAUGAGACAUCUUUCAUUGGAUUUUGGAAAAUUGUUCCCCAUGGGAUUCUAACCUCACUACCAAAUAUGUGAAAGCUUGAUUAAGAGGUCUUUCAUGUACUAACCUCCUUGGAAGAAGUGAUCAGAAGUUGAUAAGAAGGACAGAAAGGACUAUUUUAAAGUUGGACUGAAGGAGAAAAAAGCAAAAUUCUUGUUUCAUCCCAAUUCUAGUUAGAACAAAGUUAAACCCCAUAAUCUUAAAGAGAAAAUCUUUGGAGGUUUUAAUUAAACAUUUUACACAUUUAAAGUCUUAUUAAUGGUGCUUUAAGUGUCAAUGUAGCAUGUAAAAGGCUUUGUACAGACAGGUAAAAGUUCCAUUUCUGAGUAAUAAAAUGUAACACCUCUUCAUCUUUGACUUGAAAUCAAAACUAUCAGAUUUUAUUUUUGUAUAAUUUAAGGAAGGUAAAGUUAGGGGACUAGAAGACUCUAAAUCGGCUUCUACAGAUCAAUGAUUUAAAUGUAACUAGUGUGUUGGGAUUUUAUAGUUAAAAUUAUAUUUGUGUAUAUAACAACUAAUCUGUAAAUUGUAAUAAAUAUAUUUGCAAUUAUUAAAUGUUAAAUUAUA